GGUGACCUGUCAAAGGUUGGACUCACUGACCUAAGGAAGCCUCUUCCGCUCUAAACGAUCGGGUGACUCCGCGGAGCGCUGCGGGCAGCGGCAACUGCCGCCCAGGAGCGCCCGCCGGGCCCCGGUAGAGCCGCGGCCGCUCUCGAGCACCUCCUCAGCCGCCGCCGCCUCCUCGGGCCCGCCCGGCCCGGCCCGGCCGCCGCCUCCCGCCCCUCGCUCCGCCCCGGCCGCGGCCCGACCCAGCGGGAGGAAGAUGGCGGCGCUCAUCCCCCUCAGCCAGCAGUUUUCUACUGGGAAUCCAAUAUAUGAAACCUAUUACAAACAGGUAGAUCCAGCAUACACAGGGAGAGUUGGGGCGAGUGAAGCCGCUCUGUUUCUUAAAAAAUCUGGUCUCUCUGAUAUCAUCCUUGGAAAAAUAUGGGAUUUGGCUGACCCAGAGGGUAAAGGAUACUUAGAUAAACAGGGUUUCUACGUUGCGUUGCGCCUCGUAGCGUGUGCACAGAACGGCCACGACGUGAACCUGAGCAGCCUGAAUUUGACUGUGCCACCUCCUAAAUUUCAUGACACUAGCAGUCCUUUGCUGAUCACACCACCCUCAACAGAGACUCACUGGGCUGUUAGGGUGGAAGAAAAAGCAAAGUUUGAUGGUAUUUUUGAAAGCCUUUUGCCAGUAAAUGGUUUACUUUCAGGAGACAAAGUAAAACCAGUACUGAUGAAUUCAAAGCUACCUCUUGAUAUCCUCGGAAGGGUCUGGGAUCUCAGUGAUAUUGAUAAAGAUGGUCACCUGGACAAGGAUGAAUUUGCUGUGGCAAUGCAUUUGGUUUAUAGAGCUCUUGAGAAAGAGUCAGUUCCUUCACAGUUGCCCCCUUCUCUCAUACCACCUUCUAAAAGAAAGAAGACCUCGGUCUUUCCUGGUGCAGUUCCUGUUCUCCCUGCAAGCCCUCCCCCAAAAGACAGCCUCCGUUCCACCCCAUCCCAUGGCAGUGGCACCAGUCUGAACAGCAUAGGGAGCUUGUCUCCCAAGCACAGCAUCAAACCAGCCCAGCCAGCUGUUAAUUGGGUGGUCCCAGUGUCUGAAAAAGUGCGAUACGACGAAAUUUUCUUAAAAACAGACACAGACAUGGAUGGGUUUGUGAGUGGCCAAGAAGUAAAGGACAUUUUUAUGCAUUCGGGUCUAUCUCAGAAUCUCCUAGCACAUAUAUGGUCUUUGGCAGACACGAGACAGAUGGGAAAGCUCAGCAAAGACCAGUUUGCACUUGCCAUGUAUCUCAUUCAGCAGAAGGUCAGCAAAGGGAUUGAUCCUCCCCAGGUGUUAACUCCAGAUAUGAUCCCUCCCUCAGACAGAAACACACCCAUCCAGACUCUGUCAGGUUACUUGACCCCUGUAGGAACUGAGAUCUCAGCCCUAACAGAAAUGCGGCGUGAUAGUGCAAGUUCUGUCGGAUCAGGAGAAUUUACAGGGGUGAAGGAGCUGGAUGAUAUCAGUCAAGAAAUUGCACAGCUGCAGAGAGAAAAAUAUUCCCUGGAGCAGGACAUUAGGGAAAAGGAAGAAUCAAUCAGACAGAAAACCAAUGAAGUUCAGGAGCUGCAAAAUGAUUUAGAUCGGGAAACAAGUAACUUGCAAGAGCUGGAGGCUCAAAAACAAGAUGCCCAAGACCGCCUGGAUGAGAUGGACCAGCAGAAAGCCAAACUGAAAGAUAUGCUGAAUGAUGUAAGGCAGAAAUGCCAGGAAGAAACACAGGUGAUCUCGUCACUAAAAAUGCAGAUUCAGUCUCAGGAAUCAGAUUUAAAAUUACAGGAAGAUGACCUUAACAGAGCAAAAGCAGAGCUGAAUCGCCUCCAGCAAGAAGAGACUCAGCUAGAGCAGAGUAUCCAGGCUGGAAAAGUGCAGCUUGAAACAAUAAUCAAAUCUUUAAAAUCAACCCAGGAAGAAAUAAACCAGGCAAGGAGUAAACUCUCUCAGCUGCAAGAGAGCCAUCAGGAAAUGAACAAGAGCAUUGAAGAAUACAACGAAGCUCUCAAUGGGAUUCAUGGUGGGAGUCUGACAAAUUUAGCAGACAUGAGUGAAGGCCUUGGGCAGACAGAAAGAAGCAAUUACGGAGCUGUGGAGGAUCCAUUUAAGAAUAAAGCCUUGAUGUUUACCAAUAAUACACAAGAAUUACAUACAGACCCAUUCCAGUCAGAGGAUCCUUUCAAAUCUGAUCCAUUUAAGGGAGCAGACCCCUUCAAAGGCAGUGACCCAUUCCAGCAUGAUCCUUUUGCAGAACAGCCACCUGCCCCAGCAGAUCCCUUUGGAGGAGAUCCAUUUAAGGAAAGUGACCCAUUUCGUAGUUCUGCCCCUGAAGAUUUCUUCAAGAAACAGGUGAAGAGUGACCCAUUUACCUCAGAUCCAUUCACAAAAACCCCCACUUUACCCUCAAAGCCUGAUCCUUUUGAAAGCACUGAUCCUUUUACGUCUUCCAGUAUCUCUUCAAAAGGUCCAGAUCCAUUUGGAACACUGGAUCCAUUUGGAAGUUCUGCUUUCAGUGGUGGUGAGGGAUUUGCAGACUUCAGUCAGAUGUCAAAGUCAGUAGCUUCAGACCCCUUUGCCUCCUCUUUUGGAGGGGCAGGAUUCACAGAUGACCCUUUCAAAAGCAAAUCAGACACACCAGCAUUACCACCCAAGAAAAAUGUCCCUCCACGACCCAAGCCACCCAGUGGUAAAAGUACUCCUGUAAGCCACCUUGGGUCUGCAGAUUUUCCCAAGCCCCAUGAUCCAUUCCAGCCAUUUGGGGCUGACAGCAGUGACCUGUUUCAAAGUAAAAAGGGGUUUGGGGACCCAUUUAGUGGAAAAGAUCCAUUUGCUCCCUCCUCUUCAAGUAAAACUUCUAAAGACUCUUCCUUGGGGUUUGCAGACUUCAGCUCUUUUGGAAAUGAGGAGCAGCAGCUGGCCUGGGCGAAGAGAGAGAGUGAAAAAGCAGAGCAGGAAAGACUGGCUCGGUUGAGGAGACAAGAACAAGAAGACCUUGAGUUGGCCAUUGCACUCAGUAAGGCUGACAUGCCAAACUCUUAAAGAGGGUCUUGGCCUUCACCCUGUUCGAGAGAAACCUUGGAACAAAGCUUUUAUAAAAAUACUCAAUCCUUGGUUUAUAUUUGUGAGAAUAAUUUGAGUCACCCUCAGAGCUAAACGGGACUGGCUGGUUGUGUCUGGCCAGGCUCUGUGUGGCUUCACAAGUGCAUAACCUGCAGGAAACACUGUAUAAGCUGUAUUAUAUGUUCUAGAUAAAAUUUAUUGCUUGUAAGAAAUCUAAUGUGUAAUCCUAAGGUACUGAAAAUUUCUUUAUCUGAAACACAAAUGUUGCAUAGGGUGAACUGCAGCUUGUGAAUCUGGUUUUUUUAGAACCUGGAUUCUGCUGGGUCUUUGAGGCUGCAGUGUGGAUUUAAAAGAAAAUGUCAUAAAAAGAGAAUAUUUCUAGAAUUAGCUUUCACUUGUUACAUUUAUUUAAUAAUUCAUGGUAGGCUAAUCAGUACUUCUGCAUCAUCUAUGUCAAAACAUAAAUUCCUUCGUAUUUUUAUCCAGAGGUUGUGGCUUUUACAAAAGAACCUGACAAUUCAUAUAUGAUGGAUACAGUGAACUCUAUAAAACAGUACAAAUUUGAAGACUCCAGAAAUCAGUACUUCUUCUAAUUUAAACUUCUGUUUGCAUUGAGUUUUAAUGACUGUGUACAACUAAAAGCGGGAAUUAAUUCAAUAAAUAGGAGAAAUAAUUUAGCAGUUAAGUUAUGAAGUAAAAAUUUGCUUUACUGUGAGCAAACGGGAUCGCAAGGCGGUGAUACACAUUUGGGUGCUGCUUUAAUGUGACAUCAAGCAAUGAAGUGGUGGAAAUUUGCCAUGUUUUGAGGAGUGCUCCCCCCUACCCUCGUUGUACCCUCAUUCACUCCAGCUCCCAGCACACGGAAUAGCUUGUGUCAGCCAGGUGACCCUUGGGGACAGUCUCUACCUCUGCUUCUUCAGUUCCACCCCUCUGGGGUUACAGAUCAAGCAGCUUUAGCUGAAAUGAAGCCAAGCUGAAUCAGAUUUUAGUUGCCAAAUACACAUUCACACGUCAGUUGUGGCAGCACUGCCUGGGUUGGCUCUCAAAUCCAGUUUGCAGGGCUCAGACCAGGUAGGAACAGGUUUUAUGUGCACUGAAUGCUUCCACCUGGAGAACACAACACAAUGUGUUUGACACGCCAUAGAAAAAAAA